AGUAUAAAUUGGGGAGGGUUUCUUCGCACAGCCUGAACACUCCACGUGACACCUGUAAGAACUCAGCAAUUGCUCCGUGGAAUAAUCCACGGGAUCAUUUCUUCUGCAUUUUGAAUCAGAAACAUUGGAUUAUAUCACAUAAUUCCAUCAGGCAGGAAGUGGUAUGUUGCAUUCGCAUCGUACCUUAAGCAGUUGUAUGGCUAAAGACGAUAUAGUUGACCAACACUCUCAACGGAUACACUUCUCACUGCCCGAAACCUGAGUGUCAGAAAACUCCAAAGGAUUCAUUAAAACGAGGAUCAGUAUAAAGACUUUUCUCCUGUCAUCCACAAAAUGCAGAUUUUCUAUUACUGCCCCGGUUUAGUCAUGGUUGGAAUGAGGCCCACAGACCUGCCCCCCACGGCAACUGUCAAGUUCUUUGGGGCUGGAAUGGCAGCCUGCGUCGCAGAUUUGGCCACUUUCCCUUUAGACACAGCCAAAGUCAGGCUUCAGAUUCAGGGAGAGGCCCAGUUUGCCGAGGGGGCCAGCGGGAUGAGGUACAGGGGUGUGUUUGGUACCAUCACCACCAUGGUGAGGACGGAGGGGCCCAGGAGCCUGUACAACGGGCUGGUGGCCGGGUUGCAGAGGCAGAUGAGCUUCGCCUCUGUGCGCAUUGGCCUGUACGACUCCAUGAAGCAGUUCUACACCCGGGGAUCAGAGAAUGCAGGCAUCGUCAGUCGGCUGAUGGCCGGCUGCACUACGGGGGCGAUGGCGGUGGCCUUCGCCCAGCCCACGGACGUGGUGAAAGUGCGGUUCCAGGCCCAGGUGCGCGUGGCUGACGGCGUGAAGAGGUACAACGGCACCAUGGAUGCCUACAGGACCAUCGCACGGAACGAGGGUGUCAGAGGCCUCUGGAAAGGUUGCCUGCCCAACAUAACACGCAAUGCAAUUGUGAACUGUGCAGAACUGGUCACCUAUGAUAUCAUCAAAGAACUCAUCUUAAAGCAUGACCUCAUGACAGACAACCUGCCGUGCCACUUCACCGCGGCGUUCGGCGCGGGCUUCUGCACCACCAUCGUGGCGUCUCCGGUGGACGUGGUGAAGACGCGCUUCAUGAACUCCUCCCCGGGACAGUACAGCAGCGCCAUCAACUGUGCCGUCACCAUGCUGACCAAGGAAGGCCCCACUGCUUUUUAUAAGGGGUUCAUGCCGUCUUUCCUGCGCCUGGGCUCGUGGAACAUCGUGAUGUUUGUCUCCUAUGAGCAAAUUAAGAGAGCCAUGAUGAGGACCCAGCUGUCCUGGGAGUCCCCAGUUUGAGCUACCCCCCCUUGGACAGUGGACAUCCUUUGAUCUUAAUUUGAUGGUGGGGUUUGAGCCCUGCAGACACGGAGGGAGUAGAGCUCACCUUAGUGUACAUACCGCCAUGCGCCAUCUGCCAGCGAUAGGCACAGUUCCCCCGACUGGACAACGCGUUAGCCUAGCGCUGGGUUGAUGACCCAAUAUUCCGUCUCCAUGGGAACGAAGCGGAGAGAGCACCGGUAUGAUUGUGGCGGAGAGGAGCUGGACUGCCGCCAGAAGGAGCACUCUUUGAAACAUGCUCACUCAGGGUUAAAUCUCAUUUGACGACUCAGUCUUAUAAGCUUGCUUUUUUGUUGGGUUUAAAUUGUAAAAGUUUUUUUAAAGUUUAUUUUUAGUUUUCUUUCUAUUGUCUGUAUAUGCCCAGUCCUGCUUCUUGUAAUGUCAAAUAGUUUAUAUCAAUUUUUUAUUGUUUGUAUUUUCGUGAUUUUAUUUUUCACGCCUGAUCUUAAAUUUGUCCAUCAACAUACAUUUUCUUAUUUUUACCUUUCCAUUAAAUGUCUGUAAAGCACUGUGUGCUGUAUUACUUGAAGAAUAUUAUAUCAAUUGCAAAAAUUUCUAAGCAGAAUUGAAACAGAAGAAUUAUCAAUUAUCAUGGUUUUUGCCCAUUGUGCUCUGGUGUUGUUAGACAAAUUGCUGGUCAAAGUGAUUCCUAGGGAAAAAGUCAAAUGUUUAUAAAUGGUCAAUGUUGAAACACUUGUUGAAUUUUUUGAGCUGAUCAGGGGCCACCAGUAUAACAUCUCACUGUGUAAAUCCCUCGUAUGCAAGCAGCUGUGGAUAAGAGCCUCAACUAAAUGUCAAAUUAAAUGUAUGAAAUGUAGGGAGAGGUGCUACAGUUUCUCCUUCUCUGUAGAUGCCUACAUAGAAUGAGAUUGACAAUUAUGUUACAGGGUUGCUAAAUGUUGUCUGUAUUUGCACUGCCAAGAUUUGAUACCAGACCAAAGGGCAUUUCACUUCAACACCGAAAGUAUAGGCUUUCAGUGUAGUGAGUGAAAUAUGCCUUUGGUUUGGUACUAAAUCUUGGCUAUGCAGGCAUCUACAGACUGUCAGGUCCAGCUUUGUAUGAAGGACAUUCCUCUAGCCUAAGGAAAGAGCAAAUAAGAAUGUGUGUUUGUCUUACUCUUCUUGGCAUAAAUCAAUAAAUGAUCAGUUAGAAAAGAAAAGCAGCCAAACUACUGGCCAGCUCUCAGUGUUAACACUCUGACAAUACUGUCUUUGACAUGUGGUGUGUUGAUUCUUACGUACCCUUACAUAUCAUUGCCCAUGUUCCCAGGAUCUGCACAAACCCCCAUUUGCACAAAUGGGUCAGGGAAUAAGUAAACAGAAUUUUGUCUGAAGUUGGUUGUUUAUUUUCUGGUAUAAAACAUUGUGGGUUUUAAAAA